AUGCCCUUUCGCGCCAUUGUAAUCAACCACUUUAACAGACGAUCAGCACUUUUAUCAGCUGCACUUACGACUCGUAUAAUGGAGUCGUUAUCAAAAGUUGAAGUCGGAAAAAAAUGCGCUGCCUAUAAAGCUGUCGACGACUGGCUUAAAGAUGGUCAAACCAUUGGUAUUGGAAGUGGUACAACUGUUGUUUAUGCCGUCGAUAGAAUAUCCGAGCUUGUUAAAGAGAAUGGAUACAAAGUUCAAUGUGUUCCAACUUCUUUUCAAGCACUUCAAUUGAUAAAGAAUGCCAAUCUGCCGCUUACUUCUCUAGAAGAUCAUCCUCAGUUAGAUGUUGCUUUUGAUGGUGUAGAUGAAAUUACACCCGAUUUCAAUUCGAUCAAAGGUGGUGGCGGCUGUCUUAUUCAAGAAAAAAUUGUCGAUGCUAAUUCAAAGAUUUUCAUAGCCGUGGCUGAUGAAGGAAAGUUGUCAACUUAUCUUGGUGAGCAUUGGAAACGUGGUCUUCCAAUUGAAGUGAUUCCUAUGGCUGCUAUGACAGUAAAAACGGAAAUCGAAAAACGAUGGGGUGGCGAGGCAAAUUUGAGAAUGGGUGUUUCUAAAAUGGGACCUGUUGUCAGUGACAAUGGAAAUUUCAUUAUGGAUUGGAAAUUCGAUCCAAGCCCAGAAAUUGAUUGGCAAAAAGUGAAUGUUGAUUUACAUCUUAUUCCAGGUGUUGUUGGAACCGGUCUUUUCCUCGGCACUGCUCACCAUGCUUACCUUGGCACGGCUGACGGCAGCGUUAAUGUGAUCCAAAACCCCAAUAAUUAA